GGGACACGGAUGUGGUUCAUUUCCUCUUAUUUAACAAACUACCUUUAGCUGCUGCCCAGUGGAGAGGUGUCUUGCUGCACCAGUCGAUGUCUUUCUGGUUGGGAUUGCAUUUAUUUUCCCUCAGAAGCUCCGUAACUUGGUCAUAAUCGCCUGCUGCUGCAGCUUGGUGCAACUCUGACAUGUCGUCAAAGAUGUUACCUAGCAACAGUGGAUCAACACAACAUGGCACCUAUUACCUGAAGUAACUUGUUCCAAAAUGAGUAAGAGGAAAGGCAAAGUGAUCACUGAUGUAACAACUUUCAAGAGCCGUAAACUUGCAGCUGUGAGUAUCGAAAAUACACCAGAUGAUGUGAACCCAAAUCACCAGGGGAUCUUUUCCAAGGGCUUCGCUCAGUCUGCUACAGGCGACAUUGGACUCAUUGAAAGCAUCACUCUGAAGAAUUUCAUGUGUCACCAUUCUCUCGGUCCGUUCCAGUUUGGGCCUAAUGUGAAUUUUAUAGUCGGCCACAAUGGAAGUGGAAAAAGUGCUAUCCUGACUGCUUUGAUCGUAGGCCUCGGUGGAAAGGCCACUGUGACGAACAGAGCAAUGUCACUUAAGGACUUUGUGAAGACCAAUGAAAACACUGCAGAUAUAACAGUAAAACUGAGAAACAGAGGACCAGAUGCUUACAAAAAGGAUGUUUACGGCGACAGUAUCUCCAUUGAGCAUCGGAUCUCAAGUGAUGGAUGCCGGACCUGCAGGCUGAAGAGCAAAUCAGGACAACUUAUCUCAAACAAGAAGGAGGAAUUAACAGCCAUUUUGGACCAUUUUAACAUCCAGCUGGAUAACCCGGUAUCCAUCCUCAGCCAAGAAAUGAGCAAACAGUUCCUGCAUUCAAAAAAUGAAACAGACAAGUAUAAGUUCUUCAUGAAAGCGACUUUGCUCGAACAGAUGAAGAGAGAUUACAUCCACAUUAAACACACUAAAACAGUCACGCGGCAGCAGGUCGAGAGACAGGAGGAGUGUCUCAAGGACCUAAAGCAAGAGUUCCUGCAGAAGAAAGAACGAUAUGAAAAUGUUGCAUCCUUCAGUGACAUGAAGGUUGUUUUGGAGAAUCUGAAGAAAGCAAUGGCAUGGUGUUUGGUCAGUGAGAAGGAGCAGCUCGUAAAGCAGUUGAAAGAGGACAUUGAAAAGGAAGAGAAUAAUUAUAAACCAAAGGAGAACCUUCACCUCUGUCAGACGAAGAUCAUACAGCUGGAGAAGAAACUUCAAUUCAGCAAGAGCAAAACUGACAGUCUGAGAGAGGAGCAAGUGUCUUUAUCAGAGGACAAUCUGAAGCUGAAAGAGCAAGUGAAGAGCAUUAGCAAAGCACACAAGGACCAGGAGCUCGUUUAUUUUCGAGCUCUAAACAAGCUGAAACAGUCCGAACAAGAGCAAAGCCUUCUUCAGGAGAAAAUUAACAAGGCAAAGGCAAGUAAGAGUCUGAACAGUGAGGGAGACUCAGAGUACGCAAAACGGCAGAAGAGCUUAAGCAAACUGAAAGAGCAGCUUGUGGAGCUCGAGAAUAGGUGCACGCAGCUGAAUCAAGAGAUCAAGAACAAGCAUCAGGCGCUUCUCAAAGGAAAGGAAGAACGGGACAAGCUGAGACUCGAGGAAAGGAAUGUCCAGGCUUCUUAUGAGUCCAAACUAAAGAGGAAGAAUCAGCUGCUUGCCAGCCGAUCGAACAAACUAAAGCGGUUUGGAGACCAGGUUCCUGACAUGAUGAGUUCGAUUAGUGAGGCUUAUGCUACAGGACGCUUCCUCAAGAGGCCUGUCGGUCCAAUAGGGGCAUGUAUCAGUUUAAAGGAUCCCUCAUUAGCAGUGGCUGUGGAGUGCUGCCUGCGGAGCUUCAUGAAGGCUUUCUGUUGCGACAACUACAAAGAUGAGGCGGUCCUUGAGGAGCUGAUGGCUCGCUUUUAUCCAAAGGGCAACAGGCCGCAGAUUAUUGUCAGCCCCUUCUCUGAUAAACCUUACAAUAUUCAUGGAAGAAAAGCACAUCAUCCAGAGUACCCGUCGGUAUUGGACAUAAUCACAGCAACAAGCCCAGUCAUUAUCAACUGCCUGAUUGAUAUGCGAGGGAUAGAAUCAGUCCUAAUAAUCAGAGAAAAAGACAAAGCGAGGAGGGUCAUGCAGCAAGGCCGUCCACCUAAAAACUGUCGUGAAGCCUUCACUGCUGAGGGGGAUCAGGUGUAUCCAAACCGUUAUUACACAUCUGAUUUCAGCAUGGCAAAAUAUCUUGGUGCAGAUAUUGAGACUGAAAUAAGUAUGCUGGAGUCAGACCUGGAGAAUUACCAGGCUCAGCUGUCCAGGUUUCAGCUCCAAGUAAACUCUGUCACCGAAGACAUUGUGAACAUGGAGAGCAAUCUUAACAACACCAUCCUGACCCUGAAGACAACACUGGCUUCUGUGAAUCAAGUCAAAGCGUCAAUAACUGAUCUGGAGACUGCUAGUGAGGACCAAAUUGAUGACAUCAGCUCACUGGAAGAAGUUGCACAAGAGAACCAGCAGAAAAUCGAGGUAGAAAAGCAAAGUGUUCAAGAAGCAAAGGUAGAACUCAAUAAUCACCGGAAAAUGUCAGAAGACUCAGACGCCAAGUACUCUUCUGUUAGAGAACGGAUUGACCAGCUUGCUGAGGAAAUGGAGCCCCUGAAGGAUGAACAGCUCAAACUGGAGACGGAGUGUGCCAAGCACGAACGAAACCUUAAAAUUUUAGAAAACAAAGUGAAGGCUCAUGAAGACAACAUCGCAGUCAUGAAAAACGAACUCGCCCAAAGAGAAGAAGAGUUACAGGAAUACGCGGCAAAAGCUACAGAGAUUAGUCCUGAACGGCAGCACAUGACAGGCAACACCAAGAGCAUUGACACAGAAAUCACUCGACUGAAGAGGAAGAUCAAGGUGUACGAGAGCAGCCAUGGCCAGCAGGAGCAGGUGGUCAGGGAGUACGCCGAGGCCCUCGCCCUCUACAGAGAGAAAACCAACCAAGUAAGGGAUUUGCGGAGGUUCAUCGAUCGUCUGGAUAACAUCAUGUCAGACAGGCAGAACAGAUACAAAAUAAUGCGUAGGUCCCUCUCUGUCAGAUGUAAGUUAUACUUCAAUAACUUCCUGAUAAAGAUGAACUGCUGUGGAUCUAUGAUUUUUGAUCACAACAAUGAGACACUUUCAAUCAUGGUAAAGCCUCCAGGGAGGGACGAAGAUGGUGUGAGCGACUUGAGGUCUUUGUCUGGUGGUGAGCGUUCUUUCUCCACUGUUUGCUUCAUGCUUUCGCUGUGGGAGAUCACAGAGUCCCCCUUCAGAUGUCUCGACGAGUUUGACGUCUACAUGGAUAUGCACAAUCGAAGAAUCUGUCUAGAUCUCCUUCUGGAGCUGUCAGAGCGGCAGCAUCUUCGACAGUUUAUCUUCAUUACUCCCCUGAACACCAGCAAUCUACCCAAGUCAGACCUCAUCAAAAUCCACCAGCUGCGGGAUCCAGAGAGACAGCGGGGUCAAACAGAAGAUGAUGCUUAAACUGAGCGACUUCAGUGAAUGAAUGUUAACGGGCAUUACUGUAUACAGUUACAAGAAAACUUUUAUGAACCCUUUGGACUUACCAGGAUGCCUACAUUUAAUUACUCUAAAUGUGGUGUGAACUUAAGUCACAGUUGGUUUCUGGCUAAAGUAAACACCUCUAUCUUUCAUGUCUUGCUGAACAAUCACUCACAACAUGCUGGAUAAAAGUAAGUGAACCUUUGAAUUUAGUCAUUUACUGAUGCAUAGAACCUCUGUUAGACAUUUUCUGUAGCUGCUCAUGAAACAUGUACAGUGAUGAAGUAUUUUUGGGCCUCUGCUUCCUACAAAUUAGUUUCAGUGCAUUAAUAUUUAUGGGAUGUUUUGACUCAACAACAGUCUUCAGCAUACAGCACAGCAGUUGGAUUAAGGGAAAAACUCUGACUCAUUACAAAACACAGUUUUCUUUAUCAACUGUUGCUGAUUGGCUUAAAAUUUCUUGCUACAGUGUCCAGGCUCUGGGUUGUUCUGAAGAGCUCACUUAAUUCAAGUGUGAUAUUGUAAUAGGAUGCCACUCUUGCACCGUCUCAUUUGCGAAAUUUCUUCUCUCCUAGAUAUUCCACGAUCAGCUGCAAGUGGUAUUGUUGCAAAGUGGAAGUUUUUAGAAAUCACAGGAAGUCAGCUGUAAAGUUGCUGAGUGCUGAGGUGCAUAGUGCAUCAAAGUUGCCAACACUCUGCCUUCUCAAUAACUGCAGAGUUCCAAACGUUCUCUGGCAUUAAUGUCAGCACAGAAACUGUGUGCUGGGAGCUUCAUGGCUGAGAAGCUCCUAUAGGUAGAGUGUAUAGGUGGCCUUUUGUACUUUUGUUCCUAUAGUGUAAUAAAAGAAAGUAUCUAGCCCUUACUGGGUCUUAAACUUAGAUGAAAAUCAGAUGAACAACAACACAUGACACUUUACACACUGUCAUUAUUCAUUUAACAAAAACAAAGCCAAAAUGUAAAAGCAAUGUGUGAAAAACUAAGCACAUGUCACGAUUCGGUAGCUUUUAGAACCACUUUUAGCAGCAAUAAAUUGAAGGAAUCGUUUUCUGUAUGACAAUCAGUCUCUCACAUCAUCGUGGAGUUUACAGUGUUCUUUACAGUGUUGCUUCAGUUCAUUGACGUUUGCAGGCAUUUGUUUAUGUUUGGUUCUCUUAAGGUCCUUGCCACAGCAUCAGGUUGAGGUCUGGACUUUGAGUGAGCCAUUGCAACACUUUGAUUCUUUUUCAGCCAUUCUGUUCUAGACUUGCUGCUGUGCUUGGGAUCACUGUCCUGCCUCACAUUUGACUGUAGAAUACAUUGGUAUAUGGAGGAAUUCAUGGUGGACUCAGGUCCUGUGGUUGCAGAACAAGCCCGAAUCAUCACCCCUCCACUACUGUGCUUGACAGUCAGUAUGGGGUGUUUGUGCUGAUAUGCUGUGCUUGUUUUUUCUGUGCAUUAUGGCCAGACAAUCUGAACUUGAGGUGAAUUUUCAGGGACAUGCACUGCUGGGAAGAUUGGCAGCUGUCUUGAUUGUUUUCGUCUUGUGAAUAAUCUUCCUCAUUGUAAAAUGAUGGACUUCAGAUUGUUUGGAAAUGGCCUUACAACACGUCCCAGAUUGAUGAGCAUCAAGAGUUGUUUCUCUAAGUUCAUUGCUGAUGUCUUUCCUCUGUGGCAUUGUGUUAACAAACCUGAAUGCUCCAGAUCUGUAAACUAACAAAACUUCUUUUAUAUAGGUACUCACACUUGUUAAUCAAGUGCAUUUGAUUAGCAGCACCUCGGUGUUACUUGCCCUUUAAUUUCCUGUGGAAGCAGUAAGUGUGCUUAGGUUUUUCACAUACUGCUUCUGCAUUUUGGCUUAAUUUUUGUGAAAUAAGUGAUGACACGGUGUAAUGUGUCACAUUUUGUAGUCCAUCUGAGGUUGUAUUUACCUAAUUUUUGGAUAGAUUAUUUUUUUUAUUAUGCCCUGUUUGUAAAUUUAAGGACUUUAAAGAGGGUGUGCUUUCUUUUUACCGUGACUGUAGCAUUGCAGAUUUUUGCCAAAAAGUUCAACAUUCGUCUCAUCUGUCCACAGAACAAAAGUGUUGUUGAACAUCCAGCUGAUUUUUCGCAAGCUUGAAAUGUACCACAGUAUGUCUGCGUGGUGGGUUUUUAUUUUUAUUUUUUUAAAGUUUUAAAAGUUUU